GUUACAACAAUGUCUUGAAAGUUAAAUUUUUAUUCUGUAUUCUGCAAAAAACACCCAACCCAUAUCUGCAUUGUGCUGCCUUCUGUGUUCGAUAAAACUAACCCACAUUGAUAUCAUUCGUAGAGUAAUAUUCUGCAUAAACCAUCCAUGUUCCUUGGUCAACUAAUUACUUAUACUACUUUCACAUGCCAUUCUGCAGAAAGAAUCCAUGUGGUUUGGUUGAUUAAAUUCCAUGUUUAUUUUAUCUUCAGAAUUUUUCAGAAACUAUCCAAGUGGGUUGGUCUGUUACUGCAGAUCAUUCUUUCGCCUUGUUAUUUAUCUUUGGAAUUUUUCAGAUUCCAUCCAAGUGGUUUGGUUUGUUUCUUCUAAACACACUGGCCUAUUUAAGUACACCUACACCCAUUUUAUCUAUGUUUAUUAUUUCCAUAAUUUAAUUAAUAUUGUAAUAUAAAUGAAUUAUGUGCUAUGGAAUUUCUUGUGGGCUCAUGUAAAUGUUGCCAGCACUGCUAAUGUUGCUAGCACUUUUUUACUUUUGGUGGGAAAGUUUGUUUACUGUAUAGUCUAAACCGGUCUGUUAUAAUGGAUGCACAAAGUAGAGGAAAAUUUCUUGUACAGCUUGCCUUAAAAACAUUUGCUGAGCAAAGUAAUUACAGUCCUGAGCAAAGUAAUGACAGUCCUGAAGAUAUUUCACCAGAAAAUUUAAUAAUACAGGAAGUACCAGACAAGGAGUCACAUGAGUCACAUAUAGUAGGCCAACAUUUUGAAAAUGUGCUUGAAGAAGAGGAGAUACUUUUUUCUGGUGUUGUAAAUGAAGAAGGUAUUCUAAUCACUCACGAGGAAGAAGUGUAUACCUAAUUGCCACCAACAGAAGAAUUUCAAGAGAACACUGAGACCAUUCCCGUAUCUGCUGAACAUGUAGAAGAUGCGUUUCCUGUACAUGUGUCAGAUUCCAUUGCUGAUGAAAAUGGAGAGGUAUAUUUAUUUCCAAACCUACUAAAGUUAUUAAUUACUGAUUGUAUUUUAUUUACACCAUUUUGGUGUUACUAUAUGUACAGCCAAUAUUGAUUUAAGUUUUGCAGCCCCUUUAAAUUAUAUAAGCUUUGCAAUUCACAUUUUUAUGCUAAACAAAAUUUCUGUGUAUCGUUUAGGAUAUGUUAUAGUUUUUACAUUAAAUAAAAUAUAACAGGUGGUGCAAAGUUACAAAAGGUCAUGCUAAAGUACCUCAGUUUAUGUUGUCACAAGUAAUAUUAAUGCAUACCUUACUUAUGUGUUUCAGAAAAAUGAUACUGAGUCUAAUGUCAGUCAUGAUGUUGAUUAUAAUAAAAGUCAUCUACAUCAUUUUCCUGGUGACUCAUCAUUUGAUUCCAGUGGUGGGGAAAACCCAGAGGUAGGUUGGCACUAUUUUCUAAUAAUGAGAUGCUUUACUGUCAUGAGACUAAUAUUUAAAAAUAAUAAUUUUCUGUUAUUUUGUGUGUUUAUAGGAAAACUGCAAAACAGGGCGAAAGUCAAGAGGAAGAAAAAGGAAAAUUGAAGAUCAGUCUAGGAGUGAAAGGAAGAGGAAACGAAAUAGCAACCAAUCCUACUACAACUACAAGUACAAGCAUGUAGCACAUAAAGUGUUUGAAGAUUAUGAAUGUCACUGCCCUCUCCAGUGCAAUCAGAAAGUGGGUCUUGAAGAGAGGAAGAUGGAAUUUGACAGAUUCUGGAAGUUGGGUGAUUACACAGCACAAAAUACAUAUAUAGGGAGCCUUGUAACAGAAUACCCUAAAAAGCGACAGUAUGGACGUGAUCCGAAAAAGAAGCAGUUUUCGAGAAUUUUUCGUUUAUCAUCAGUACGAGUAUGUAGAAAUAUGUUCUGCAAGACAAUAGCUAUCUCUCCAUGCAGGGUUAACACGGCACUUAAAAAAGUGAAUGGUCGCCUACCUUUAAAUGAUCAAAGAGGAGUUCAGCAAGGAGGCUGGAACAAAACAUCUGACAUCAAAUUGGAGAAAGUUAUAGCCCAUAUUAAAAGUGUACCAACAUACACCUCACACUAUUGUAGGGACAGUGUUUCUUCUAAAUAUUUGCCACGAGACAUGACACUGGAGAAGAUGUACAGUGCUUACAAAAGUGAAACAGAAUACCCUGUGAGCCUUGCCACCUACAAAAGAGUAUUUUACGAUAAAUUUGACUUAAAAAUCAAACCUCUAAAAAAAGACACGUGUAACAAAUGUGAUACAUUACAUAACCAGAUUCAGUGUGGCAACGAAAACAGUGCCGAAGUUAAAGAAGAGCGCCAAAAUCAUCUUCAAAUUGCUACUGAUGCACAAACCAUGUUGAAAAGUGACAUGAAACUUGCAAAGGACUGUGCUGAUAUUGAAUGUCUCACUUAUGAUAUGGAGAAAACAUUACCAUUACCUCGUAUCCCAACCAGUAUAAUGUUUUAUAAACGACAGUUAUGGUUAUACAAUUUGGGAAUACAUAGUGGCAAAGAUGAAAAUGGUUACUGUUAUGUAUGGCUAGAAGGAGAAGCAGGUAGAGGAGCGCAGGAAAUUGGUUCUUGUCUCCGCAAGCACAUCACCAGUACAUUAAAUUCUGAUGUAGAAACACUAAUCCUGUGGUCAGAUUCUUGCGGUGGACAAAACCGUAAUAUCAAGAUGGUUCUUAUGAUGAAAGAAAUUUUACACAAUCAUCCACGAUUGAAAAAGAUAAUACUUAGGUACUUGGUUUCUGGGCAUAGCUUUCUCCCUAAUGAUAGGGAUUUCGCAGAUAUUGUGAGAGCACUCAAGUACCAACAAAGGCUCUACACACCUGCAGAUUACAUCGAUGUUAUGAAGACAUGCAGAAAAAAGAAACCUCUCAUUGUUUCCAAAAUGAACCCUGGAGACUUUCUUGGAACCAAAAGGAUUGAAGGUUCUAUUACUAAUAGGAAAAUGUCUGAAGACAAUCGGAAAGUCAGUUGGCUUAAUGCCAGACAAAUUACACUAAAGCGCGAAGAACCAUUCCUUCUGUACAUCACUACAGAUUUCAAAAGUGAAGAUGAACUUGUAAUCAAUAUUAAAAAAAGUACUAGGGGAAGGCCUAAAGCUGAUGAUAUUUGGAAGCUGAUUCCACUGUGGCCAAAUGGAAAACCCAUAACAGCUGCAAAAAUGGCUGACAUCGAAUCCAUUAAACAUCUCAUUCCAGCUGAUGCAGUAGAUUUUUAUAGAAAUCUUACGGCCGCCAAUGAUGCUCAGGAAGAUGAUGUAGAUGGAUUCAACAAUACAUUGGAUUUUGACAUUCAGGAGUGAAAUGUUAGCUAACAUGUAUUUCGUGUUAUAAUUUUGAUGUUCUCUAGCUUAAUGUGUAUUUAUAUUCCUUAGACUAUUCAAUGUCAAGAGAUCAGUAUUUUUAAAAAAAUAUAUUAUGUCCAAAUAAUUUUUGUUGUAAACCAAAUUAUUUUGUGAAUAUAUUUGCUUAAUACUAUAAAAAUUAAACAGGAAUAAAAUAAUUCCAACUGCCAAGUUUUGGUUUACUUUGCAGUAUUAUAAAAAUAUGCAUUUACUAAAGAUCUUCAACCCGUAUUUAAAUGUUUAAACUGUGUAUUAUGUAAGAUUCGGCAUUUAUAAAAUUAUAUGUGAUGGUUCAGGAAACAUGUACACAAAUUACAUAGGUACUAUUUUCUGCAGAACAUAUUUUACUGGGAUUCAGCAAAUUUGCAGAAAAAGACCAACCCACAUUUACUUGUAAUAAAAUAUUAAGGACUACUUUUUUUUAAUUAAAUAAUUUUGAGAACAACAUAUAUACUCAUCCUAAUAAUCUAAUUUAAAUUUCAUAUUCAUUGUUGAGUCUCAAAAUAUUUCAAAGAGCAGUGACUUUAAAGCUAGUGUUCUCUCUUUUGAAAUUUUGUGGCAUGGAUGGCUUCUGCAUAACACCAUUCAAUUUAUAACAAUAACCACAGAUAAACUAUGUUGUUGAAGUGUCACUAUUGCAAUAAAACACUUAACGCAUUGCCGGGCAGCAUCAAAAAAUUAUUAUUUGUGAAUAUCUUAUGGAAACAAUACUAGCGUAUUUCGUUUCCUAUGUGUCUCCCUAAACGGUUGUAUAUAAUAAAAAACCAUGAAUAAAGUUAAAAUUUCAAAAAAAGUAAUUAUUCCAUAAUGCUUAUCUUUGUUUAUCGUUUGAUCAUGAUAAUGUAAUCUUAAGGAACUUACGCCGACCGCCGGUGCUCCCUCUGGUUCGCACAGGCCGUUAUGCCAGGGAAGCCUACAUUUCACAAAGGGUUGAGGACCAACCCGAACAUGCCCGAAGACUUCACCUUCGGCCUACUUCGGGACUUUGUUUUUCUUUUAACAAGACGCGCGGGAAUUUUGAUUAGUGAAGGCCCACCGCCCAUACUUAAGGACAGAGGCUAUUCCUAUCUUGCAGAAUCUCGUCACUGUUCAACUAUGUAACAGAACUUAACUGAAUUCAACAUGUUUCAGGAUAAUUAUAUUUAGUGUUGUAUCUAUAGCAUGUUUCAAUUGUUUUUCAUGGAAAAUUCAAAAUCACCUUUAUAUAUUUACAGCUUAAAAAUUUUAUUUUCUUUCCGGGAGGGUGCCAGGCUAACUUAUGCAGCUGUUUGGUGGGUCGUCGGCCCCAGCUUUGUUCAUUAGGAUCGUGGCAGUGGUUGAAUUACUAACUAGAGAAGUAGUAUCACACUCCUCAGGCAGCAUGGUUGGCUGAUGCCUAACUUAGGUAAGGGGGCACUGGAAAUCACUGUCAAUUUGUUCUCGCAUUUAUUGGCAUGCUAUGCAUUGCGGUGUUACACUAUGCGUUAUACCUUAUACUUUACCCUGACAAAAGUUUCUGAUUGCUUCAUUAUGUGCUUACGUUACAUCUAACAGCAGUCUUAUUGGGGAUUUGCAUGGAGUCGGCCAUACCCGUAAGUUUUUGAAUUACGACUCGAACAGGCUCUACGAGCCGUGAAUCUACAAGUGCUUUAAUGUCUUUGUUUGGGCCAGCAGACAUAUGCACGGCUACAUUAAAUUAAAACGCUUACCUCUGGAGUCAGCGAGUUCCAUAAUUGUCGACCCUGCGGCGUGGUCACGUGGCAGGGUUAAAUCUAAGGCGUUUGGGAUAAGCCCGGCUCCGCAAAGAUGACCCAGGGAUGUGUGGGUAACGAGAAAAAAAAAAUUUAGAGGUGAGAAAGUCUAUAAAACAUUUACCACAAUAUUUCAAGACAUGUGUGUGAAAAUGCUGAGAGUUAAUAUUGUGGUCAUUCACUAAAAACUGGUUUCAUUAUAUU